UUUGCAGGGUGACAGAUAGACGCAAGACUGGACAGGACACAAACAACCGCUUUUUUUUUUUUAAGUGUUUAAUUUGAUUGUAUUAAUGUAAGAUAUUGAGCAUGGCCGCGGAGUUUUUAGUGAUGUUGUAUGAGUAUUCACCUCUCUUUUACAUUACUGUCAUAUCAGUAUGUUUUAUCAUCACUGUGGCUGCUGUGUUGGGCUGGUUUGGAUUUGACGUUCCCGUCAUUUUACGCAGUUCAGAUGAGACUGAAUCUUUAAUUCCUGUGCCUGAGAGGAAGAUGGUGCAGGUGACCAAUCCCUUCGCUUUGGAGAUGGGCUCUGCUGCUUGUACAUUAACUGAGGGUGUUAGCUUGCGGCCUUAUUGCCUUGAAGACUGUGUCCUCAGCUGUUUCUGGGGCUGUGGUGUCCAGGCUCUCCAGACGGCCUUUCAGAGUCACCAGCGUGAGCUCCGGCUCAGCACACCAGAGAUGUUUCAAGAGGCUCUGCAAUUAAGCUACCUCCACCACCAAAGCUUCAAUGUACAGAAAGAAGAAAAAGAAGAAUUCUUCACCCUGAUGCCACCAGAUCUCGGAGUAACUGAUUUUGGGUUGCUUCCCCGGGAUAAAUACCCCUUGGUAGCUGUGCUGACACUGGCUAAUCCGGAAACCAGGGAUAACUACAACAUUGUGGCUAGUGUGACAGUCCUCCAUGUUCCUGAUGACAAAUACAGACUCUCUGCCAGAAUCUUGUUCCAGUAUCUUCUCACGGCACAUGGAAACUUUUACGAUCUGAAGCCUCUCUUCAUGUCAGCAGACAACAGCAGCUUGUCUGGAUCCACAGAGCCUUCGACUAGCACUCAAGGGGCGGAGCCACAACCUGAAAUGCCAGGUGAAAAGGGGGAGGAGUCUGACUCAGAGGGGGAGUGGCCUGAUACUCAAGGCAAGGACUGUGUGGUGUGUCAAAACGCACCGACAAACAGAGUGCUGUUGCCAUGCCGACACGCAUGCGUAUGCGAUGGCUGCGUGUGCCGCUUCCAGCACUGUCCGAUCUGCCGUGCUUUUGUCCUUGAAUCUUUUGCUCUGUCUAACCGACCAACUCGUGAUAUAGAAGAGGAGGACUUAACAGAAGACUAAACUUGUUUAAUGUCAGUAUUAAAAGGCAAGCCUUUGCUGGAAAGGCUAAACCCGAAAAGGAGACAUUGUAGCAUCUUCAAGGUUAAGAGAUGCAGGCAGCUGACCUUUAACCCCACACAUGGACACUUCUAGUAUUAUAUCAAUUUUAGGCUUUUGAAGUUGGAUGUGCUUGUAAAAUGUGUUUAAUAUAGAGAUUUUAAGUUGAACAGAAUAUUUAUUUUUUUCAUUAUAUUGGUUAAACUAACAAAUACACAAUUCAGAUUGAA